UCCGGAGGAGCGGUGGACACAGCGACGGGACAGCAGCGGAAGCAAUCUCAGUCCAGGAGCCACCAUGUCUGAAGACAUUAAGUCCAAGAUCCAAAACUACCGCACGGCGCCAUUUGACAGCCGCUUCCCCAACCAGAAUCAGACUCGCUACUGCUGGCAGAACUACCUAGAUUUUCACCAUUGUGAGAAGGCCAUGAAUGAUAGAGGCGGUGACGCAUCUGUCUGUGAGUGGUACAAGCGUGUCUACAAGUCCCUCUGUCCAGCGUCCUGGGUGAAUUCUUGGGAUGAUCACAUUGCAGAAGAUACCUUCCCUGGGAAGAUCUGAGCCACUUUCUCUUCCUCCCUCAUCCCCACCCUGAUGCCUGGGGCUGGAUCCCUUCUUCCUUCCGAGUGAGAGGAAUGUGAUCUUUGACUGCCCUUGCACUGGGAGACCUGAAUCAUGUUAA